AUACAUUAUAUAGGUAACAACACACAGCCUUGCUUCCACCUGGGAAACUAAGAAACCAUGACACAACUUCGCGAUACCCCACGAAAAGGAAAGGAACCGACAGUCUCUCGUCCAAAAGAGCCAGAGAUUGGGGGCAGCAAUCAUGAAAAUCUCGGGGAAUACCCAACAGACCUCGAAGUCCAACCUUGCAUCCCGUUAAUAUUCGUUAUGGGAGUCAGUGGCGCCGGAAAAAGCAGCUUUAUCAAAACCCUCGGAGGAAAAGAUUCCAAGCAGAAACCUCCAGUGACGAGCGCCACUGAAUCAGUGACCCGUGAAGUGAAAGUUUACAAAACCAUUCUGGACGGUCAGGAAAUGCUAUUAGUCGACACACCGGGUUUUGAAGAUAACAAAACAUUAAACCCCGAAACAUUUCGGAUGAUCUGCGAGUACGUACUCCAAGUAGCGAAUAAUCCAGCGUGUAUUAUCCGCGGCGCUAUAUACGUGCAUAACAUUGCUACCUCAAGAUGGAUUGCUGGUGACAAACGCACCUGGUCGAUGCUUAAGAAAAUCUGUGGCGAUGCUGCCAUGGGUAACGUCAUUGUCGCAACUACCCGGUGGCCGGCAGAUCACGAAGAUGAGGACUACGAGAAGCUGGAGAGGAGAAAUUUGGAAAAAUAUUGGGAAGGUAUAUUAGGGACGGUCAGGCUCGCGAAAAACGAUGUCCAACAUUCAAGUGCCGCCAUCCGGAUGUUAUUUAGUGUUCAUCCGAAACCCUUUCAGGUGCAGUGGGAAUUGAGUGAUGGGAACACCCCUUCAGAAACUAGUGCCGGGAGAAUUUCCAUGACUGAGGGUGAGGAGGCGCUAAGUGAGGCGGAAAAGGAGAAGGAAUAUGCUCUGGCAGAACUUGGGCGAGUCUCUUCUCAGAUCGAACCAGUGCGAUCGCAAAACGCGCCGAAACCAACUCGACCUCCGCUGCCAGAAACGAAGGGACCGAGUGCCGCCAAUCUUAAAAAAGAGAUGAAUGCUCUCCUGCAACGCUUAGAAUCCGCAAUACACGCCAGCAAAUUGCAAGUCAAGAAGAUCAAGAGUUCGGAGAAAACUCUGCAGGAAGAAAUCCAGCAAGUCCAAGCAUUACUAAAAGAAAAGGAAGACCUACUCAAGAAAUACCACCAAUUACGCCGCAAGAUAGAAUCCGCCGACAAACUUAAGGCAAGGCUAAGCGCCUUGCGCACACCGAUAAGUACCCGGAAGGUAUCUAGGAGAAAUCUAUUGGCAAUGCUGCUAGUGGGAGGAGCGGUCGUGGUGGAUAUUGGGUCAAUGAGUUUCCCUUUCCACGGAUUUGCUGCUUUCGGCGGGGUGCUCCUAUAUGAAGGAGUGACGGGGAUGAUGUCGAAAAACACGAAUAGUACACCAAAGAAGGAGAUCCAGACACCUGACCGGGAGUACCAGAUCCCUACGUUGAAUAUGGAAGAAGGUGCUAGGCUGAACGACGGGAGUGAUGGAGAUGAUGAGCGGAUUGAAAGGCGGAAAGCAUGGGCGCAGGCGAAGGCGCCGAAGAUGAAGACGACGAGAGUGAAGGGAGGGCCGGCACCGCAAGAGCCACUGCUGCCGAUAGCGCGGAGAAGAUCCAGCUGGUCUUCAUUUUGGGUUUGA